AUGAAAAGUCCUGACCAUCAGUGGGAUUGCUCCCAACCAGCCAGCCAGCGGUUAUCUCUUCCGCUGGGUCUCUUCCGCUGGGUCUCUUCCGCUGGGUCUCUUCCGUUGAAGCAUCCUGCCCUGGCCCUCAGCCCACUGCAGUUGAUGGCCCUGCCUUUAACGAAUGCCUUGCAUCUUUAUAGGGCACUUCUGCGAGAGUGUACUUAUCUUCCUGAUUCACAGGCUCGGACAUAUCUUCGUGACCAUGUGAUUCAUUCCUAUCGAAAAUAUCUGCCACGGAACCAACAGCAGAGAAAAGAGCUACCACUUCGCCGGCAGGUGACCCUGCUGCACCGUGGCCGCAAAGGACUCUCUGUUCUGCGGAGGGCCAACGAAGGCUAUCUUAAGCCUCUGCAGAAUGUACUCUCCUUAGCUUAUGGUCGGAAGGGAAGACGACGCCGGAAGCUUAUGGAUGAACUCAUGCAAGAUGACAUUCCCCGUGAUCACGAGGGUGGCCAUGCGCCUUCAGAUCCUCAGAAAUACUCCAGGGAUUGGUUGCCAUCCUCAGCGGUGAUGGCUUUGCUGCGCAGCCAAUCCAUGAACACAGAGCAUCUGGACAGGGUAGUGACGGGGCCGACCAAGUUGAAGCCUAAGCCUGCCAUACCUGAGCAGAAUACAUGGGGGCAUCAGAUGCCCGAGAAGCGUGUCAAGAAUUUGAUGCGGAAAUGGUAUGCGAAGCAGCUUGAUCGAUUACUACCUCCAUUACCAGAACGCGAGUUUGAGCGCCUACAAGAUUUGUCGCACGGAAAGAUAGGCACAGACGACGGUCCCGUUCCUAGAAGGAGGAGAGUGGUGGCUCCUUCAGCAGAAACACCUUCAAUGGUAAACGAAAUGCUCCUCCUAGGAGGACCUCAGAAGUCACAUACCUUUGCAGCUUACGUUCACGGCCGUCCCCACCGGCUCACACCGCGGCUGCUGCAGAGAAUGUGGCUGAAUAUUCUUCAUCACGUUCCAAUGAUGACCAGAAAUGCUUCAAAGGAUAGGUGGGAAGUAAAGUGGACUGUGAAAGGAAGAGCACGACCACAAGUCAGCGAAGUAGCAAGUGAUUAUCUAGAGGCACUGUUCGGUAUCCACUGA